UUGAUAUAGGUUGGUGUUUAGCCUCUUUUCCUUGGCCUAAACUAUCAAGAAGUUGUAUUGAGAGAUGCCAGAGACAUACCUGGCCGUCUACAUCUGUGUUGGAAAAAAUUCUAAAAAACGAAUGUCACUGUAUGCCUAUUAGAAGUAAAGUUGAAUCGCCUUAUAACGAACUGGAAUGGAGAUUAUCGUUUUCUAAAGCCGAGCAACAACUAGUGUGUAGCAUGAAUCAUACACAAUUUCUAUGUUACGGACUUCUAAAAUUAUUUCUGAAGGAAGUUAUUAACUACAAUUAGGAACCAAUACUGUGUUCUUAUUACAUAAAGACCACAAUGUUCUGGAUGAUGCAAUCAGGACAAGUUAGAUGGUGCCCUAACAACUUACUGGAUUGCUUUUGGAGGUGUUUUAAAUAUCUGAUUUAUUGUGUUUAUCGUGGAGUUUUUCCAAAUUUUUUCAUUCCACAGAAUAACAUGUUCAUAAAAAAAGUUAAUGGUGAUGCACGUGAACUUCUUUUACAACAGCUUUAUCAGUAUUAUAGAAUGGGCGUGUCCUGUCUAUUGCUGAGUCCGACUCUCAGAUCAAUCCUAGAACCAGCCCUCAGUAGCCCGUCCUUUGUGUUAUCCCCUGCUGAGGGAGAAUUCAUAAGAAUUGCUGAUUCAGACAUGUGUGCCAUGUAUGAAUUAUCGAUGUUUCAUUUUUUUCUUAACCACAUAUUGGAACUUUAUCUUUAUCUAAAAUCAAUUGCCACACUUUAUCGGACAUCACUCUCAUCUUACCAGUUAUUAACAUUACAGUACUGUAAUGUUGAACCUCUUGUUCGUUUAUCCUUCAUAAUGGCGAACAGUACUUCAUGUUACACACAUAUAAAUAUUUAUAACUUAGAUACAAAAAUUUGUGGGAUGUUAAAAAUAGCAGCAACAUUAGGUCCUGUGUCUUAUUUACUUUAUUUGGCAUUGUAUUACUAUAGAACAGGAAGAUAUGAUAAAACACUUUAUAUCACUAAUAUAACUCAACAAAGAUUGUCACAGAACUUUAACAUUUAUAGCGAUACUGUCGACAGGCUGAAGUACAAUCAAGCUUUAAGUAACGUACCUUUGUCUAUGAGAAUGAAAAAAGCCUGGGUGAAGAAUAUUGAUUUAAUUGAAAAUAUCCUCUAUAUUGAAGAAUUAUAUAUAGAACAGUUAGUGAAUAAACAGUCAUUCCUAAGAGUAUCACCGUUUGUUGUAGUAGAGAUGUUGUCUGUGUUAUCUCACUAUAGACUAGGUAAUAGAUCUCAGUGUUUACAGUCACUGACAGACCUACAGACACUACUGCUCUAUGAUGACGGGACAUACGUUCCUUUAUAUCUCAGAGACCUAUCCUGGCAGAUACUAGGAAUCUGUCAACAUGUGGUAGGAGACUUGCAUGGGGCUUUACGGUCUUAUGAAGAGUCGCUCAAACAGAAACCAUAUAAUAAAUUAAAUGAAGCUACAGAGUUUAGAAUAGAAUGUGUUAAACAACAAUUGCAGAGAAAUGUUUGA